AUGGCUGGGCUGAUUGGUGCUGAAAAUCGGUUUGGAAGAGACUUUAAUCACCCUGAUGCUGAUAUGCAAGGCAAUAUCACCGCCUUGUACGACAUUUGCUGUGUGGUCGGAUCGAUUACUUCGAUAUGCUUCACCGAGUCUUCGCUCCAGUGGAGAUUCCCCCUAGCAUUCCAAGCGGUGUUUGCCAUCUGCCUCAUCUUGCAAGUCAUUGGUCUUCCCGAAUCCCCCCGAUGGCUCGUCCAGCAUGAAAAAUACGAAGAAGCUCGCCAAACCAUUGCGGCAAUUGCUGAUAAGACUGAUGACGACCCGGAUGUCAAUAGAACCCUACUCGAUAUCCGAAGCGGUUUGGAAGAAGAGCAAAAGGAUCGCCCCUUCAGCAUCAAGGAACUUUUCUCCUGGGGCGAAGUGCAGAACCUUCGAAGGCUACUCAUCACCAUCUCCAUCCAGCUUGCACAGCAGUUCUCAGGCAGCAACAUGAUCAACUACUAUGCGCCCGUCAUUUUCCAAGGCAGCAUGGGUCUCGAUCGAAAUACUUCUCUCAUUGUGGGAGGCUGUUCUCAAAUCACCUACCUCAUCGGCAGCUGCAUCCCAGUCUUCUUGAUGGAUCGUUACGGCCGGCGGACACUUCUCAUGGCGUGUUCAGCCGGGCUUAGCUUCUGUUUCGUCAUGGUUUCGAUUCUUCUCUCUCUUGAAUCUACAGGCUCUGCGUAUGGAGCUACUGCCUUUAUCGUUCUCUUCCAGCUCAUUAUUGGAGUCGGAUGGUUACCUGUGCCCUGGUUCUAUCCCACCGAGAUCAACACUACCCGAGUUAGAGCCAGAAUGCAAGCCAUUACCUCUGGCUGGAACUGGAUGGCGGUCUUUGCCGUUGUUAAGAUAACUCCCAUUGCAUUCAAAAAUAUUGGGUGGAAAACUUUCAUCAUCUUUGCUGUCCUCAGCGCCUGCUUCCUUCUUAUGGUGUACUGUUUCUACCCCGAGACAAAGGGUAUUGAGCUAGAAGAUAUUCUGCUAUUGUUUGUCAAGGGUGGCGUCACUGGAGGCGUCUUGUCUUCUAAGGGUGGACGCACUGUUAUGCUGCAUCAACAUGCGCAGGAAAUGCAGCUUGACGUCAAGGUUGGUGGAGUUCGCGAAGAGGUCGAGGAUGCCGAGGCGUAA